AUGGCAAAAGAUAAAAGCAAAAGUAAAAGUAAAAGUGUGAUGAGCAAACAAAGUGGAUUGAGUCCGCCGAAAGAAAGUGAAAUGAGACCCGAGAAGGAGAUGAGGAAAUCGAAAACUGAAGAUGUUACGACUGGAGAUGUAAGUUCACGGCCUUUUGGAGGGUGAACCGAAAAAGAGAGAGAGAGAGAGACGCAGAGAAAUUCAAAUUCGAAAAUAAUUUGAUGAGAAAAAAUCUGAAAAAUAUGUUUUCCUGCGCUUGGUCUCGAAACGAACGUUUUGUAUUUCUCCCGGACAAUUUCGCGUUUCUCUAUCAUAGAAUUCUAAAGUUAGCCAUAAAUUGAAAAAAAAACGCGAAAAAAGUCCACAUUUCUCCAAUUUUGCAGAAUGACAUCGAUAAAACCCAAUGGGAAUAUUCUCGCUUCAAAGACGAAUCAAAAGGAAUCAUCACAACAGAUCCGGAUAUAAUCCAACGCGAAAAUGAAAAAGUCGGCGAAUCGACACCGCUUUUGGCUGAAAAACGACAAAUUAUGUUGGUUCGAGGAGAACAACUCAAAAAGAUUCCUUUUGUCACAAUUGCAUUGCUCAUUUUGGAAAUUGUGCGUUUUCAGGGGGAAAUUUUAGUGGUCUUGAAAAUUUCAAUUAAAUUUUUUUUUCGUAAAAAAUGACGUGGCAAUUUUGAAAAAAAUAUUAUGACGUGACAAAAUCGAGUUAAAAAUUUUCAAAGUUUUCAGAGGACAAUGUCGAAUGUAUUCUAAAAAAUUCUGUAUUUUUAAAGAUCCUCCAAAAUUUAGAAAUCUGAAAUUUCUAGACAAAAUGAUACGUCAUAACCCUGUCUUCGUUUUUUAAGGGGAUUUGUGAAUUUUCAGGAAAGAUUUUCAAAAUCACUAGAUUUUUUUGUGAAAAAGUUUUGACGUGGCAAAUUUGGAUUUUAAAAAUUUCAAGGAAUUUAUUUUUGCAAAAUCGAGAAUUCUCAAAUUUUUGGGAAUUUUCAAAGUUCUGAAGCUUUAAAAUUUAAAAAAAAAAUCUGAAUUUUCAAUGCCACGUCAUCACUCUGUUUUCAUUAUUUCAAUCUCAAAAAAAAACUCACAUUCGCAUUUUUUCAGUUAAUAACAAUAGCUGUAAUGAUUUGCUGGUUUAGUCAUCUCAAUCAAAACGAAACAAUUCCAAUCACAAUUUGUUGUGCAAAUUUGAUAAUAGCAAUUAUUGCGAUUCUAAUCCUUUUAGCAUUGGAAAUCACUCGAAUGCAUGUGAAAAAGGAAGAAUUGAAUGACCAAGGAGAUUAUCGAUUCCGAAUUCCAUAUGAAUAUAAAUAUUGGAUGUGUAUGGGCCAUUUAUUGAGAGCAUUUCUAACUUGUGCCAAUAUUACAAUUGCUGCUUUGGAUGAUAAUUUUGAUAAUGGUGUAAUUGUGGUUAUUGCAGUUCAGCCACUUCUACUUAUUUUAUCUUUGGCACAUGUAUUUUUUGCAAUGAGACCAUAA